AUCUUCCAAUAUUAAUAUUACAAUACUUUUGUUCUAUUCUCACCAUACAACUUCACUACGAGGAGUAAUAUAGUAUAUAGAUCAAUGUCAAAGAUGAUGAGAGUGGCGGUCAUAGGCGGCGGCGUAAGCGGGCUGGCGGCUGCGUAUGUUUUGGCGAAGGAAGGGCUGGAGGUGGUGGUACAUGAGAAGGAGACGAGCUUAGGCGGCCAAGCCAAGACCGCUACGAUUGAUGGCAUUCGUCUUGAUAUUGGUUUUGCUAUUUUUGCUCGGGCUAUGUAUCCGGAGGUGAUGGAAUUAUUUGAGAGUGUUGGAGUUGAUACCGAGGUCUCCGACACUUCAUACUCUGUGAGCUUGGAUGAAGGCCGAGGGUUCGAAUGGGGUACUCGAAAUGGACUCUCAAGUAUCUUUGCGCAGAAGAAGAAUGUCUUGAAUCCAUGGUUUUGGAAAAUGAUUAAGGAAAUCAUUAAGUUCAGAGACAACGCCUCUCUUUAUAUUGAAGAGCUCAAUAACAAUCCAGAUAUUGACCGGAAUGAAACAUUGGGGAGCUUUGUCCAAUCACGUGGUUACUCUGAGAUAUUCCAGAAAGCUUUCCUUAUUCCAAUUUGUGCUUCAAUUUGGUCAUGCUCUUCUGCAGUGAUGACCUUCUCUGCCUAUUUAACACUUUCAUUCUUGUGCAAUCAAGACAUUCUUGAGCUUCUUGGUCUCACUAAACGACUUACACCAAAAUGGCUUUCACAAAGUUAUGUCGAUGGGAUUAAGAAAGAGAUGGAAAGUAGAGGCUGUCAAGUGAAAACCAGUUCUGAAAUAUAUUCGGUUUUGACCAAUGACAAGGGUUGUGUUAUUAAAUACAAGGAUGGAUUGGAAGAAGAAUAUGAUGCGUGCAUAAUUUCUGCACAUCCUCCAGAUGCUCUAAACAUCUUAGGAAAACAGGCGACAUACGAUGAAUCAAGAAUACUUGGUGCUUUUCAAUAUUCCUACAGUGAUAUUUUCCUCCACCGUGACGAAAAUUUGAUGCCAAAAGUCCAAGGGGCAUGGAGUUCGAGGAAUGUUCUUGGAGAUAGCAAUGACAAUGCUUGUAUAACGUAUUGGCUCAACAAUGUCCAGAAUAUUAGUGAAUCCGCAGUUCCAAUUUUUGCGUCUCUAAAUCCACCUUAUACACCUAAAGAUACAUCUUUCAAGUCAUCAACUAGCCAUCCUAUACCAUCAGUUGCUGCUAGCAAGGCUUUGUCAGAUCUCAAUAAUAUCCAAGGGAAGAGAGGACUAUGGUUCUGUGGAGCCUAUCAAGGCUAUGGCUUCCCCGAGGAUGGAGUAAAGGCAGGAAUACUUGCUGCAAACAGCAUGCUUAGAAAACAUUAUACUUAUUCAAACAACCCCACAUGCAUGGUUCCAUCUCGUCUUGAAACUGGGGCUUGUUUUGUCGUUACAAGGUUCCUUCAGCGCUUUAUUGUUACUGGAUGUCUAAUCUUUUUGGAAGAAGGUGGUAAAAUCUUUACAUUUGAAGGUACAAGAACAAAGAGCAAUUUAAGGGUCAUUGUGAGAGUUCACAAACCCCAGUUUUAUUGGAAGGUCGCAACUGAGGCCGAUUUAGGUUUUGCCGAUGCCUACAUUAAUGGUGACAUUUCUUUUGUUGAUGCAAAUGAAGGUCUUCUCAACUUUCUUCUACUGAUUAUAAGAAAUGCAGAGCUGAAUUCAUAUGCCGAGUUAAACAAGGAUAGGAAACGGUGGACACCAUUUCUUUACACAUCUAUAGCAGCAAAUGCAAAAAAAAUCAUCAACCUUGUUUCCAGGAGGAACACACUGACCCAGGCACGGCGUAACAUCUCGCGCCAUUAUGACCUAAGCAAUGAAUUGUUUUCUCUAUUCUUGGAUGAGACAAUGACGUAUUCUUGUGCAAUAUUUCAGAAUCCAUUAGAAGAUUUGAAGAAUGCACAGCUCCGGAAAGUCCAUACUUUGAUUGAAAAGGCAAGAAUCAAUAAAGAUCAUCACAUUCUAGAGAUAGGGUGUGGAUGGGGAAGUUUAGCAGUUGAAGUAGUGAAAAAAACAGGAUGCAAAUAUACGGGCAUUACAUUGUCAGAAAGUCAGCUGCAAUACAUAGAAGCGAUAGUGAAGGAAGUAGGUUUACAGGAUCAAAUUGAAGUUCUUCUUUGUGACUACCGCCAAUUGCCUAAGAACUACAGAUAUGAUAGGAUAAUAUCAUGUGGGAUGAUAGAACACGUUGGGCAUGACUAUAUGGAAGAAUUUUUUAAAUGUUGUGAAUCUUCAUUAGCAGACAAUGGUAUUCUUGUUCUUCAGUUCAUAGCUGUAGCUGAUGAGAAAUAUGAAGAGUGGAGGCGCAGGAAUGGAUUUGCCACGGAAUACAUAUUCCAUGGUGGAUGUGUACCUUCACUUAACCGAGUAGUACAGGCAAUGGCUGCAGCAUCCAGACUUAGCGUCGUGCACCUAGAAGAAAUAGGAUAUCAUUAUUACCACACCCUCAGGAAUUGGCGUCGCAACUUCCUCCAAAACCGAAGUAAAAUUCAUGGUCUUGGAUUUGACGACAAGUUCAUACGGACGUGGGAAUACUAUUUUGAUUAUUGUGCUGCUGGAUUUAAAUAUUGUGUUAUCGGAGAUUAUCAGAUUGUAUUAAAUAGACCUGGUGAUGUUGCUGCAUUUGGGAGUGCUCCAUACAAUCGUCUGCCUUCUGACAACUAAUGUCUGCUUUCUGUUAGUUGAAAUAAGGUUUUAUCUGUUUUAGUCUUUAAAAACUAUUACAAAUAAAUGAAGUAUGACAUUAACAUUAGAACAAGGAGCUUCUCUUA